UCACCGAGUCAACAACAACAACAACCUGGAAUACACGUUUGGAUUUUGUACGUGACCCGAUCUAGGAGCUGCAUGAUGUGCGCUUCAAUGCUAUUAUUAGCUGGGCAGGUACAGGUCGCUUCCCUUGAUCCUCCAUCGGUUGUCAAUGCACAUUCUUAUCCUGUUCGAGGUAUGGCGUAUCAUCCUAGGAUAAAACGCUUGGUAGCUACUAGGCAUGUCUUCCGAAGGAGUUACCCAUGGACUCGGGAAAAAAAGAGGUUCAUGUUUUUCGAGUUGUUGGUGGAUAGAUUUGGCAAGUGUAGGUAUGGAAUAGCGACGGGUGGAGCUCGGGUUGUGAUAUCAUCUUGGUGGCUCACCCGCGCAGGGCUAAUUACCCGAAGAAAAAAAGAGUUUGCGUCUGGUGGUCUAUAUUGCAGAGAUACAUGUCAUGAUCCAAUAUCCUUCUAAAUUAUAAGGUAAAUUGACUAGGGAACAGUAGACUCAGUAGCAGCCUUGGUUGUGACGGCGUCGAAGCAUCAGCAAUGGCAACUUCGGGAGUUGGCAGAGCGCUAGAAUAUAUAUCAAGGAAUCUUCUUCGAACAGUUGAUGACGGCGUUGCCAAAAGUCAAUUCCCCGAAGAAUCAUUCUACGAACCCGGGAUUCUAGAACGCCUACAGUUUUUGUUUGUUUCUCUUUGUCCUGCACCGUUCCACAGCAUGGAUGUCCUUGGGCUGAUAUUGAAUUGUCUAUCUUACCUGUGGGGUAGGGAAAGCUGCUUGAAGUCCCACAAACGACACAACGUCUUCGUUGCCUCAAACCUCGGGGGCUGCAAAGGUUGUGUUGUCCAAAGAGUCGACUGGCUAGCUGGCUCUUUCAGUGACAGAUUCAUGUCAACUAUUGAUUCUCCGCAUUUUUAUACAGUUAGUACAGAAUAAGUCGAGGUGGUGGUGGGGGAGACAAGCCACAAAAGAGGGGUGGAGAAUGCGGAUGUUCUUAUUAUCAAAAGUUUUGAGUUUCGGUCCGGCAAGCCCCACUUGAUCCCGUCUCUCUUGCUGAGGGAAUACGGAGGAGAAAAAAGAGAAGGAAAAAAAGAAACCUCUCGAAUUUCAAAGAGACUGGAUCCAGAGUCAUUAAGAAUCAGGGAUUGACUGCUAGGUAUUUGCCGUACCUAUGUGCGAAUACCUACAUGUAGGCCGGGUUUCUCUGGCGGCACAGCUGCCAAGGACUCUCUCUCGCCGGUGUCUCGACCAGGAAAGUGCAGCCCUCAGCCGCGCAACUGCUUUUCAGCUGAGAGGCCCACCGAGGCGCAUUUAGAUCCGACGCAUCCUUGAGGAGGUAGGUUUUGUUUUGGCUGGCCAAGAUCUGUGAAGACGGGCAAACUCGCAGCGAGCGACGAAACAGGGAGAGAGACAGACACUUCAAAGACCCCGACGGGAGCGUCACCUAAUGUGGUGAGGGCCCAGGUCUAGAAACAACCCGCCAUCUAGCCAGCCAGCCAGCCGGACAGCCCAGUUGUAGGUGGUGGUAAAAUCCCACGACAGCACCUUCCAAAGCGAGCAGAGUGGCCGUCGUUAGUGGCUGCGACGGGGGCUACCAAGAAAAUAGACGACGGUACGGCUCCUCCGGGGCGCUCGCUCGCUCUUAGGCCUUAGCCGACCCCACGGGGGGCUACCCUUCUAGAAGGAGAGAAAGUCCC